CGCCCACGGAUAUUUCGGAGUCUCCAAGGAACUAAAUUCUUUAAAGCCAGAAAUCAUUUUCCAGCGUUAUUUCCGCGAAGGAAUUCUCAAAAUAUUUUCCCGGAAAAUGAGUGCUCUCAACAGUUCAUUUGUUUCCCUUAAGAAUCCUCAAACCAAGUUCGUUUAUGGUUCUUCUUUGAGGCCAGUGGAUCAGUGCCUUUUCAACACUAAUGCAAAACCCACUUCGAAUGGAAGGUCGUUCACUGUUCGAGCAGGGUAUGUAUGUGAUUUUGUUUUAGACAUGUUUCCUUGUUGUAUUUCUCUUUUAUUUUCGUGUUUGAUGACUGCUUGACCAUUUGCAUCAAUAACCACUGAUGGGUAACUUUUUUUCUCCUAUGUGGAAGUUGUGUCAGUGUAAAUGAAAGGCAUUUCUUAACAUUUAGCUGUUUAUUCUAGUGGGAGAAUUUGAAGAAGGUGUGAAAAAUAUAUCUUGCUUUUCUUAAGAAUAAAUGUGGUCGAAUGUUAGUGGUCUGGGGGCUCCUGUAAAGCCCUUUGAUGUUGAUUGUUCUGCAUUUCAAUGCUUGCCAAGUGAGCUCCAUUUACAAGAAAAUGUAUUUCUCUUAUUGAGUUUGGUAGGGAUGGGGGAAGACGGGGUGGUGCGGGUCUCUUCAUUGGUGGUUUUAUACUGGGAGGACUAACUGUGGGAACUUUGGGCUGUGUUUAUGCUCCACAGAUCAGCAAGGCACUUGCAGGAGUUGACAGAAAAGAUUUGAUGAGAAAGCUGCCAAAAUUUAUAUAUGAUGAAGAGAAAGCUUUGGAGAAAAAUCGCCGAAUACUUGAAGAGAAGAUUGAACAGCUUAAUUCUGCCAUAGAUGAUGUUUCUGCUCAGCUGCAUGCAAGUGAUUCCAAAAGUUGAGAUGUUUCCAUCCUGAUGAAAUUGAAGCUUCUCCAUUAUAAAAUCUUGUUUAAAUGUGACUUGAACUAAGAGAAUAAGGUUCAAUUCUGUUUGUCCUCCAAGAUCUUUUUACUUACAAAGUGUAAGAUAGAUAUUACAUUCUUUACUUCAACAAAACUACAAGCAUAUGUUGUUGUCACUUUGAAGAACAGCGAGCAGGAUGCAUUUACAGUUGGGAUGGGUUUACGAGUGUGGGCUUUUCUGAACCCCUCCUUGCAUUUGUGAGUUUUCCAUAGGGAUGAGUAUCAGGUACUGGUAUACCCGUUAUUUGUUU